GUACCCGGAGCAGUGUGUCAAUUGGAUAAGGGAUCACUUGGUCUGGAUUACAAACAAUCUUCGCCAUACCUCGGGAAUAUACUACUCUCAAUUUUUAAAUCUGAUAGAUUUUUGUAAGGUUUUUAUAAGAUUAACAAAAUGAAAACCAUUAACUUAAUUUUGCUGACAUUACUCUGUAUAUACCGUUGCUCAGCAAUCCAUUGGCUCGGACUCACGGUAAAUGGUAGCUCAGUUGGAUGGAAUCAGACGCAUCACUGCAAGCUUUUGGAUGGCCUGGUCCCAGAUCAGUUACAGCUCUGCCGGCGAAAUCUGGAGCUGAUGCACAGCAUCGUCCAUGCAGCAAAGCUUACCAAACUCACUUGUCAGCACGCAUUUAAGGACAUGCGGUGGAAUUGCUCAUCGAUCGAGAGCGCGCCGCAUUUUACACCGGAUUUAGCAAAAGGUACGCGAGAAUCGGCUUUUGUAUUCUCCUUAGCCGCCGCGGUCGUGAGCCACUCUAUUGCCCGAGCCUGCGCUUCUGGAGAGCUGCCCAGUUGUUCCUGUGCGCCGGCGCCGGCGGAGCAAGCGGGACCCGAUUUCAGAUGGGGCGGCUGCGGUGAUAAUCUUCGCUACGGUCUUCAGAUGGGUUCUGCAUUCUCUGAUGCGCCCAUGAAAAACAGCAGAUUUGGCCCUCAAGCCUUUCGGCUGAUGCAUCUGCACAACAACGCAGUUGGAAGACAGUCUCUUGUAGAUUCCAUGGAGACUAAGUGCAAGUGUCACGGUGUAUCUGGGUCUUGUUCAGUCAAGACAUGUUGGAAGGGGCUGCAUGAUAUCAACCACAUCGCUGCAGAUCUCAAAUCCAAAUACCUCGCAGCGACCAAAGUGAUCCAUCGACAUAUGGGAACCCGCAAACAGCUUGUGCCUAAGGAGCUAGAUGUUAGGCCAGUGAGGGAGAGUGAGCUGGUUUACCUCCUCAGUUCCCCAGACUACUGCGCACACAAUGAGAAGCAUGGCUCAAUGGGCACACAUGACAGGCAGUGCAACAAGACGUCCAACGGCAGUGACAGCUGCCAUCUGAUGUGCUGCGGCCGAGGAUAUAAUGCGUACAUGGAGAAGACGGUCGAGAGGUGCCACUGCAGAUACCACUGGUGCUGUUAUGUCACCUGCAAGAAGUGCGAAAGGACGGUGGAGCGAUACGUCUGUAAAUAGAGCCGAACCGGAGGCAUGGUGAUUAACGCACAGCACUAUAUCUUUUGCUAGCGAAAUUUCCUUCUCCUUAUAUGUUACACUAAAACUGCUGCAGCCCCCCCCCACCCCCCGCCCCGGUCCAACUUUUGGGGGUUCUGUGAGCGAAGGAAUGCUGCUGACAUGUGGGUGCAAAGUGGUCAUUAAGAAUGUGUGCUGUCCUAUGCUGUAGAUGCAGGCAGCUUUGGUGGGACAGGGGUGGGGGCAGGUUUCAGGCCCUUAUGCUUAGACUGGUUAUAGCUGUCAGGCGACGCGGGCAAAAGGGGAGUGUGUGAUUGAUUGGGAGCAACAGAAGUGCGAGCUUUAGAGGUAAAGAUUUCUGCCUUGAAUGGAAGCUGCUUGAAUGGGUAACAAUGGCACGAAUCACAAAGAGAUCUAUUCCAGUGUGCUCCCUCUUCCCCUCCCCCAGGCUAAUUGCCCAAUCAGCUUUCAGGUUUCUAAAGGGAAAUGUUGUUAAACACAUCAAACAAAGGUAUCGCUGUUUAAAGAUGCAUGUACAUAAACCCACUGCACAGUCACAGGAAUUCACCUCCUGGAGGCAAUUUUUGCGUUUAUUAAUUUUCUACAAUAGUACUACAUGUGUUAUUUUUACUACUUUGACACAUGGUACAGAAU